CCUUCCUGUACGAAAAAACAAAACUGUACUGAAAUACAGUUUCAGACAGACUAGUUUUUAAUUUUAAUUCCUAAAGAAAAUGUCUUUUAUGAAAUGAAAUCUUUUACACGGUAUAUAUGCUAGAAUGAAAAUGACUUGUAGACAGUGAAUUCUCUUGGACCAAAACUGGCCUUUAAUUCUACAUUUCCAUAGCACGCCUACAUUUUCUCUUGCCAGUUCAUAUAGGCUAAAGAACAAACAAGUAACGACUCUAUGAUACAGAUGUGGUGGGAUUUUCCCCUUUAUUAAAAGUGAUGAUGUCAGACACAUCGGGUGCAGACAACACUUUAACAGUCUUGAUUCUCCUCUUCAUCCUGAUCGUCCUUGUUCUUCUCCUGUUCUACCUCUACAAGCGACUGAACCAUGAAACAAAGGGUGAAUAUACCAUCCGGCGGCUUGUCUAUGGUGAGGGAGGCCUUCGUGAUCGUGUGAUGCAAGGCGUUACAGUGGUGGAGGCCAGGUUAGGUGACCGCAUAAGGUCUCGAACCCAUGAGGAGGAGCAAGCUUUAAGCAGAGCUGAAGAUGGGAGUAGUGGCAAAGAAGAAGAAGGAGAAGAAGAUGCAGAGCAAGGCCACAGUGAAAAUGAGAACAAGACAGAAGAGAAGGAAGAAGAACAUCAGAACGAUUCAUCAGAUGACUAUUCCAGCGUUGACCUAAAGGAGAGAGUAAAGCAGAAUAAAGGCAAGGAAGAGGAAAAGAAAGAAGAAGAACAAGACGAAGAUGAGGUGGCAAAAGAUGAAGCGGCAAAAGAUGGAGCAAAAGGAGAUGACAGUAAACAAGAGGAAGAUGUGAAGAAUGAAGAACGUGUUGGCUUACUUGUAGACUUGAAGACAUUUUCUGGCAGUGCCAUUUGGUCUGAGGAGAAAACAGAAGAGACUAAUGUAACAGCUUUGUGAGAUGGAGAAGGCUUUUUGCCUAAAUAUGAGGCUCAUAAAGAGAAAAGUGUAGACUUGAGGAUGUUUUCUUGCAGUGAUGGAGUGAUUCACACUGUGUUAUUCUUAAAAUCCUGAUGCGUCUUUAACAUUCAUAAGAUAGUUUAAGAUAGGCUUUCUUAUCCAUAGCUUAUUUUAUCAGCAUGUUUUGUGUAUAGGUUGACUUUUUUUGAUAUUAGAAUAUUUGGCAUAAAACACUGUACAUGUUCUUUAAAAUAAAUACCCUUAAAUCAUUACUUUGGAGUUUUAUUCAAUGCUGUAUGAAAGCUUUUAAUAACGUCAGACUAAAAUAAAGGCCUAGCAUUUAGCAUUGUUUAGCGCCAUGCUAUUUUUUUCCCUGCUUAUCUGUUAGUCUUGUUAAUCAGUUUUGUUUUGCUUUUGUUUUUGUGCCACACAACUUAUGAAUAAAAUAGAAUAAAAUACAUUUAUCGAGUAGGAUAGAACAGAAUAUAGGAUAAAAUAUUUAGUGAUGUGAGUGAGCAAUCAGGGCGAGUCAAAUGAAAACAUCAUUAAAAACUGCACUGUGUAUUGCAAA